AUGCCUUUUACUCUGCGAGCAUUUGAAGAUGAAGUGAAAGCAAAAAUGGGUGUAGUCGAACCAGAAAAGCACGGUCUCCUUCGCCCCUAUCAGGUGUUUUACGAGAAUAACGGAGAGGCUGUUGCCCAGUUCAAAGCGACUGUGCUGAUAAUGUCAAACGGACUUUUAAAAAUCGCUGGUCUCCCACUAGAUAUGAACUUGAUCGAGACUGAUGCGAAGUUGAAGGAUCCUGAGUUGAUCGCCACGUUGAACUCGCAGUUGAAGAAGAAAAAGAAGAAGCCUGCGAAGAAGGAAGCUCCCGCCGCAGUUAAUGCAAGUGCUCCAGUCGCUGAACCGGUGGCAGCGAAAUAG